GGGCAGCUACGGCAAGGGCGGCAAAGCCUCUAGGGAGCGAGUCACGCCGUGCGAAUUCCGCGUGACGAGCAUCAUUCGCUACGUGUUUGAGGGCCCUGUAAAUUCCUUUCGUCCGUCUGCGAGCAUGAACAUCUUCCGGUUACUGGGCGAUUUCUCCCACUUGGGCUCUAUCCUCAUCUUGCUCCACAAAAUACAGACGACGCGCUCAUGUCGAGGCAUUUCCUUCAAGACGCAGGCCCUGUACGCCGGUGUGUUCAUAGCGCGCUAUCUCGACCUGCUCUUCCGCUGGGUUUCGGUGUACAACUUCGUCAUGAAACUGUUCUUCAUCGCGAGCAGCUGCUACAUCCUCUACUUGAUGCGUUACCGCUUCCGCCCCACACACGACCCCUCCAUUGACACCUUCCGCGUUGAAUACUUGCUUGGGCCCUGCGCCGUCUUUGCGCUCAUCUUCAACUAUCACUUCAACGUGACGGAGAUACUCUGGUCGUUCUCGAUCUUCUUGGAGUCGGUCGCGAUUCUGCCGCAGCUCUUCAUGCUGCAACGCACAGGCGAGGCUGAGACCAUAACAACCCACUACCUGGCGGCACUGGGGGCGUAUCGUGCAUUAUACUUCUCGGACAACGUGGUUGACCCUAUUGCAGUCACGGCUGGCAUCGUACAGACAGGUCUCUAUAUCGAUUUCUUCUACGUGUACUUCACAAAAGUUCUCCAAGGACAGAAGUUCGAGCUACCUGCAUGAACGGUUCUGUCUGUGUAUUUAUGGGCGUUCCAGCGUGUUUCAUUACAUUCCCCGGAUGCAGCCCACCUACUACGUAUCCAGUCUGUUAAUAGAAAGCCGUCGAUGAGCGCUUUUUUAUAAACAAAGCUAAAUGAAUUGUCAAACAAGCA